GAUAGGUAUAAAUACGAGACAGAACCUAAUGUUCAAUUCACUCUCUCUUUCCCUCGUUUGAAACGAGACUAGCGGUUAAAACUUUUGUGGCGAUCCUAAUUCGCCAUAAUCGAACAACAUGUCCUUCAAUACCGAUCCUUCAAAUCCUUCAAUAUCGAAAGAAAGAGAUUGGAAGAAUAUUCUUCAACAAACUCAAUUGGAAGAGAACUCUGAUGAUCUCAGGAUUCAGGUCAAAUACAUGUUCUUCGAUGGUGAUCAUUUGAAUCAUAAAUGCGUUGAUUUGGGAGGUUGUAGUUGCAAGGAAAUUGAUAGGAAGAAUCUUCUUGAACAAACACAAUUGGAACGGAAUAAACGCUUGUGGUUGCGUGAGCAGAACUCUGCUGCACUUCAGAUUCAGAAAUGCUUCAGAGCGAAAAAAGUUGUCAAAACGGAACAGUCUAAGUUGCGACAGAAAUUCCUUAAUAUCUAUGGAAAAAACUGCCUUAAUGUUGACAGGAAAGCUUUUGGUCCAGAUUCUGAUUUCCUCCGCCAGUUCCUAUAUUUCUUUAAUGCAGAAAACCAUGAUGAUUUUUUAGUUCUUGUGCAAAUUUGCCGAUUACUUCUACAGUUUGUUCAAGAGAGUGGGGAUGCUGUGAAACUUUUUGCUGGUGAGAGUUACUCGUCUGUAUGUGCUUUCGUGAACUACCGAGUGAAGAAACUUGCAUAUAAUUGUAUUCGUGUAGUACAUCAUAAUAGAAAUCAGUUGAAGGAUCAACAACUUUUAUUGACUCCGAAGGAGUCUAAUGCAUCAGCUUUUCCUCUAUUGGAGAUUAUAGUACUGUUGAUAGAUCUCAAACUGCCAUGGAGCUGUAAGAUAGUAGGAUAUUUCUCUCAAAACAAUGGAUUCGUUCUACUUAGACAGAUUAUUCUUACAGGAAAGGAUAAUGCAGAAAAAUGUAUAGGAUCAUCUUUGGAACGUGUGCUUACAGGUGUAAUGUGUCACAUUGGUCAGAAACCAUGUAUUUGCUCAGACAUUGAUCCAAGUAUUAGCUACUCAUCGCAGAUCCUUACAAUUCCACUCUUAUGGCAUUGUUUUCCCAACUUAAGACAGGUUUUUGCAAGACAAGGCAUGAUCCAACAUCACAUUCAUCAAAUGGCAACAUUUGUGCCAAAUCUGAUCAGUUUUCUACCUAAGGAUGUAUCAGAUGAAUUUCCUACCUAUGCCUGUCUUCUUGGAAAUAUAUUAGAAAUUGGUGGAAUUGCUUUGUCUCAACCUGACUGUUCAUUCGAUAUGGCCAUAGACCUUGCAGCUGUUACUACAGUUUUACUGGAGGCACACCCCUCUUUGACAAGAUCUCAUAGUAGAGAAAAUUCUAUGAUUGCUGAGGAUGAUAUGACUGGCGACGAUGAAGUCAUGGAAGUAGCUCUGGAUAGGAAAUUGGAUCAACAAAUUUGUAAUUCUAUUGAUACUCGCUUCCUUCUGCAACUGACAAAUAUAUUAUUCAGAGAUAUUUCAGCUGCCAAUGGGCCAGAUGAUAUGGAGGUUGCAGCCGUUGGUGCAGUUUGUGGGUUGUUAUAUGUUAUCUUGAACACAUUGCCACUUGAAAGUAUUAUGACUGUGCUUGCCUACAGAACUGACCUUGUUCCUAUGCUUUGGAAAUUUAUGAAACGGUGCCAAGCGAAUAAAAAAUGGUCAUCUUUGUCUAAGCAGUUAUCAUACCUCUCAGGGGAUGCCCCUGGUUGGCUAUUACCUCUUGGUGUAUUCUGUCCUGUCUACAAGCAUAUGCUUAUGAUGGUUGGUAAUGAGAAAUUUUAUGAGCAGGAGAAACCCCUAUCACUGAAGGAUAUGAGCAGCCUCAUCAUUCUAUUGAAGCAGGCUCUGUGGCAGCUACUGCAGGUAAAUCAUACCUCAUCUGCUAAUUCAGUUAGAUCUAUUCCAGUUAGGACAAGCAGUAAAAAGCUGUCUAUUGAAGCCAUUCAACAGAGGGUUAGCAUAGUCAUCUCUGAACUCCUGUCCCAGCUCCACGAUUGGAACAACAGACGACAGUUUACAUCCCCCAGUGAUUUCCAUGCUGACGGGGUUAAUGGAUUUUUCAUAUCUCAGGCUUCUAUAGCAAAUACACGAGCAAAUAAAAUUGUAAAGAAGGCCCCUUUCCUGAUACCACUUGCAAAGCCUCAACAAGCUGCAGUUAGACAAACACAUGGAUUUCACUCUGUAGCUGCAGUUAGGCAAAGACAUGCUCAGUCUUCCAUUUUUAGAAAGCAGUUCAGAAUAAGGCGUGAUCAUAUUUCGGAAGAUGCUUAUAAUUCAAAGUCUCAACCAGCUGCAGCUAGGCAAAGACAUGGAUCUCAGACUGUAUUUGCUGGAAAUUGGUUCAUGGCAAGGUAUGAUCAUACUUUGGAAGAUUCUGUUGAACAGUACAUUGUAAGGCAAGUACAUGAAGGAUCAGAAAGGAUUGACACUCCCGUGAUGGUUCAGCAUCGUGAGGAGAACUCUCCAAUCUUGGAACCUAUGUCUCAGCAUACCUCCCCACCACCGCCACCGAUGCAUGUCAUGAAUGUUGAGAAUGAUGACCCACAACAUGAAACUUCUGGUGAAAACCAAAACCAGUCAAACAUUCUUGAUGAACCGAUUGUUGAAACAUAUGAUGAUGCCUGAAAUGGACAAAAAUCAUAACAAGGCCACAUCAUCACAAGAGGAAUUUGUUCCAUAAACUCAAAUAGCCAAGGAGACAGCUGUGGUUAAUCCUCCUCAAGGGUGAUUAAACAUCAACAUUUUCCCUUAGGGAUGUUUCUUUUCCUUAAUUUUGCUUUUCUUUUGUGCUCGAGUUUGGCCUUUUUUGUGGGUUUUGGUUCGGUCCCCCCUCUUGUACAUAUUUUCUUCUUUUUUUUAAUAAUAUAUGUUUGAGUGGGUAGCAGAGUUGGGAUGUCCAGGUUUUACAUUGAUGUUUAAUCAUACUCUUGUUCAUAAAAAAAGAUAGAUAGAUAGGUUGAUCGAUUAUGAGGUUUUGAAA